GUUCGGUAUAGUGCAGUACGGAGAUUCAAAGCGUACAUUUUGAGUUUUAUGGUCUAUUUUUUAUGCAAAACUACGUUAAAACGCCACAAAAAUGUUAGUUUCUGACGUCGGAGAUGUUAAAGUGUACAACCUCAGUGCCGGCAAAGCGUUGCCUGACUGGCUGUCGGAUAAGAAAAAGAAAGAAUCGCAGCGCAAAAAUGUGGACGUCAACAGGCGCAUCGAACUGAUUCAGGACUUCGAUAUGCCAUGUGUGGCCACCAGCGUCGAACUUUCGCCAGAUGGUCAAUACAUUUUGGCCAGCGGAACGUACAAACCUCGGGUGAAGUGCUACGACGUGAAUAAUCUGUCACUCAAAUUCGAACGGUGUUUCGACUCGGAAGUCAUCAAAUUUAAAAUGUUGAGUGAAGAUUAUAGUAAAAUGGUAUUCAUGCAAGCCGAUCGCUUUGUAGAAUUUCAUGCUGCGCACGGAAGGCACUAUCGGUUGCGGAUACCUCGGUUCGGGCGAGAUUUAGAUUAUCACAAACCUUCAUGUGAUUUGUUCCUGGUGGGCACUUCUUCCGAGAUAUACCGAUUGAAUACUGAGAGAGGUCAGUUUUUGCAACCAUACGUUACGUCUGCCAGUAGCAUAAAUGCAUGCGAAGUGAAUCCGGAGCACUAUCUUCUUGGUGUCGGUAGCCAGGAGGGAACGGUAGAGGCAUGGGAUCCUCGAGAUAAGAAGCGCUGUGGUGUAUUGGAUGUUGCCAUUAAUGUUAAAAACAGCGAAACAUUUCCCUCGGUCACGGCAAUGAAAUUUAAAAAUGGAUUACAGUUGGCGGUAGGAACAGCAUCCGGCCAUGUACUAUUAUAUGACAUACGAGCCCGGGAGCCCAUGCUGGUAAAAGAUCAUCUGAAUCAACUCAGCGUUAAAAAAAUUGCCUUUAACCGGGAAUAUAAUGCAGUUUAUUCGUUAGAUAACGCAAUGCUAAAGAUUUGGAAUGAAAACAGCGGAAAACAAAUAGCUUAUAUAGAAUCGAGCAGUAAUUUUAAUGAUUUUACUACAUCACCCGGCAAUGGAUUGUUUUUCUUCGCUCAAGAGGACCCAAAAAUGCUGAGUUACUAUAUUCCAAGCUUGGGUCCAGCACCUCGUUGGUGUUCGUUCUUGGAUAAUCUAACUGAAGAAAUUGAAUCGGAAACAGUGCAGAAUAUUUACGACGACUACAAGUUUAUUACAAAGCAGGAACUUGGCGAUUUGGGUCUGGGCCAUCUCGAGGGAACCAAUAUGCUGCGUGCCUACAUGCACGGUUUCUUCAUCGACGUGCGUUUGUACAACAAAACGAAGGCAAUUGCAGAUCCGUUUGCUUUUGAACGCUAUCGAAAGGAAAAAAUUGCCAAACAAAUUGAGGAAUCCCGUCCAGCGCGCCUUCAGCUAAAGACUAAGUUACCGAAGGUCAAUGCUGAACUGGCCGAAAAAUUGUACACUGAGCGCGAACUAGGAAGCGGUAAACUCAAAACGGCUGCUAGCGGCCUUCUGUCUGAUGACCGUUUCAAGAGUAUGUUUGAGAAUCCUGACUUUGAGGUUGACAAGACAGCACAUGCCUACCGGUUAUUGAAUCCGGUAUUAACACGACUAGAUAAGGCACGCUCGAAGAAGUUGAAGGCACAGGAAGAAGCUGAGCAAGCUGCAGCGGAACGACCGCAGGAGGAAAGCGAAGGCGGCAGCACCGAUGAGGAUCUUUUCAGCGAGAGAGACGAAAGUUCGGAUGAUGAUCAAGCUUGGACGAAACAAGUCAAAAAAGAGUAUAAGAAAAUACGACGAGAAGAACGAAGACAGGUGGAAAACGAAGACGAAAUGAACGAAGAUUCCGAUGAACCGACGAUACAGGUUCAGGAGAAAGAAGACUUUAAUAUUGGUCACCGGAAUAGCAAGAUUAGCAAGGCCGGUUUAGGUAAACGGUUGGCCGCCAGUAAACCGGUAGAAGUAAAAAUGAUUGGCGGCUUGGGCAAUUGCCAGAUGACCUUCAGUACGGGGAAAAGGAAAGCACAGAUCGAUAGAAAACGGCAAGCGGAACUAAAGAAACACAGGGAAGAGCGGCGGCAGGUUAUUCGACCAACUACCAGCUUAGGACUGAAGAAGAGAACGCAAAAGAUGUAGUGUGAAAGUGUGAGAUGAAUCGUAUUUUGUUGAUAUGAAAUUACGUUAAUAAACUUAUAUCACUAGGUGUUAUUGAAUAAA